AUGGCCUCGGUAGAGCCUGCAGAGCACCCGGACAAUCUUGUGAGCUCAGGGCAGCCUUGUUCUCCGAACCAAAGCAGUGCACUUCCCACAAAAGAUACGUGCGACCGACCCGUGUGCAUGGAAAGGGCCAACAGCAACGCAGGCACCACGGCACAUGCAGGUUUCCCCCAAACUGCAGAUCCAUUAGAUUCCCCGUCAUCAGAAGCUCUGAGAGAGACGCCUCGAACGUUUGGAAGGCGCCGAAGAUCUAUUAGGGUCCCAUAUAAUGCAGCAGAGGUUAGUAGCGGCGGGAGCUUGCCUCCCGAUAGAGAAGAGGGGGGAGUAAAACAGGUGCAAACGAGCAAUGUUAUUGUAGGCCGCCGUCGGGGCCGCGCUGCCCGCAGCUGUUUGAAGGCCGCAGCAGCCUGGCUUGAGGCUGUUUUGCCCCAAGUCUCUUCGGCAGAUGCAUCUAGGUAUUCUGCUGUUGCGGCUGUUGCUAUGCUGGCAAGGGGGGGACGAGUGGGCCGGUCUGCCUUCCCCUCUUGCGCAGCUUCCGCUCCUGAUGCAGCACAGAAAGAAGCAGGAUCAUGGCAGAGACCAUGCGAAGGUUUUCAAGGGGGGAAGACUGCACCUCUCCAAAUUCAACGACCAGAGGCCUCGGACGGGGUAGCAGAAGCAAAUCACGCGCCAGCGACGGCUGUAACGGCAGACCCAGCGGCAGAGGCAAGGGACGCACUUCAGUGCGCAGCAGCCCCUCCAUCUAUCGGUCGCCGUCAACGGAAUAGAAGCUCUGUGGGCCAUUUGGGGCCUCCAGGGACGCCAGAUGUGGCGUCGGGGGGCGCAAUGGAUUUCCAGUUCCCCAUCCUUUUUAAUAAGGCUAUUAAACGGCUGUUGAAGCCUCUCUUCCGCCGAACUGGGCAGCCUCGCCGACAAGCUUGUAGCCGCGCAGCUUCAGCUUCUACACCUGCACCUGCAGCUGCUCCAACUGCCGGUGCGGGGGCUGUUGCGGUGGGAGGGGCGCGCAACGUUCAAAGGCCCCGGCUUCCACCUAGGGUUUUGCUCCGGUCCUGGAGACCCCUCAGUAAGGCGCAGUCGAUACUGGGACCGCGGCAGAUCAUGCAUGCACGGCAGCAGCAAAUGCAAACUGGGCAGCGGCAGUUGCUCCAAGAAGGCUCAGUCGUCAGCGAGCAGCAACGAGGGGCCGGAACAACGCAGCAGUUCCAGCAGCCAGUGCCGCAGCCGCAGCAGCAGCAGCAACAGCAGCAACACGAAGAGCGCGAGGCGGGUCCAGCUGCCGACUUGGCAACAACACAGGAGCAGGAGAAUGCGGUGGGGCGCAGGGCUCUUGAUGAAGGGGCACUACCAACAGAUCAUGCUGCGGGCCAGCCUGCUGCAGCCGUCAUUUCAGGCGCUGCAGAGGGCUUCGAGAGCAAGGGUGGAAGGGAAGGUGAAGAUGCGCCAAAGGACACCAUGCCCAGUAGGGCGGAUGCAGCUGCGCCGGACGUCGUACACGAGCAGAGGGGUGAGGUGCAGCAGCUACAGCAACAGGCGAAGGAGGUGCCCCAGAAGGAGACAGCUGCUAGGCCUUCUCCUGCAGAGCCAACAAUGCCUCUGAAGAAGGCUGUGGGCAGGGGCUCCACACGUGGAGGCCCUGCACGUCGACCCCUCCCAAUAUGCUUCGUGCGGCAGCGCAUUAGUACGCUCUACCGGCAGCUGUGCUCUCUCUUGGCUCCGCAUUGCACCACCAUCUCUGAGUGGACAUAUCGCAACGGGAAUGUAGUGGUGACAGCUGGGUCUUUGCUGUCUCUAACGGCGACCCUGAUGGCGGACAUGCGGCUUCUUCGGACAUUUAAUCUGCUUGCAGGCUUCUGCUACUUCUCUUAUAAUUGGUCUCGACGGCCCCGCCUGACAGAUGCAGCUCUGUGGAAUGUGGUUUUUUUGGUCCUAAACACAGUGAUGCUGUGGCGUGUACAUACGGAGCAUCGGGAGGUUUCGUUUAGCUCGGAUGAACUUGACAUAUUUCAGAGAUACUUCCUUCCUGCGGGGAUGAGUCCGAGGCAGUUUCGUCGAUUGCUCAGGCAAGGCAGUUGGCGGACCUUUCCGCAAGGUUAUGUCUUGCAGCAGGAAGACAGCAGUUGCGAGACGCUGUGCUUUGUGGCGCGAGGGGCUGUCGAGAUAUCCCAAGGUGGAGAAGUAGUGGACACCUACAGAGGGGGAGAAACAGGAGCAGUCCUGGGUGUCGAGCCUUUUCUUUCGUAUGUUGCUGACUUGAGGAGACUAUCAGCGAAGCGUGUCAAGCACACGACUGCAAGCUCACCUGAGACGCUGGCAAGCCAUGCGGACGAAUCCCCUGAGGGGCUUCAGCGCCAUCAGCAGACAGUGCCGGCCUUCGCAGUUGGGAAGGAACACCAACAAGCAACCUCUACAGACCAAAAGCAACAGCGGCAGCAGCAGCAGCAGCAGCCAAGCCGCACAAAGGAAGGCGGAGAAAGAACUUACAACGCGCAUCUGAUGGAGAAUGCGGAGAGAGGUGCAGCCACUAACUCAAAAGCAGUGACGAAUGCAGGUCAGGAUGCUGAUGCCAGCAAGCAGCAACACCAGAUACCCCGAGAGAAACCGUCACAGACAUCACCAACGCCAUCAUUGGAGUGUCCACGGCAAGGGGUCUCUACAAGAGCAUUGCUAUCGGCUGAUGCUGGGUCUGACGGCACUUCGAAUGGUGGACAAGAAAGCGUUUCGGGCACAAGCCUUGUUGCUGCAGCUGCUGAGGCUGCAGCAACUGCUGCUGCUGCUGUGCGCACAGCUGCAGCUACCGCCCUUCUAACCGAAACACCGCAAACAACUGAAGCGCAUCUACCUGCGCGGGCCUCCGCAAAAGCGUCAACUGCCACCGCUCUUGUUCAAGGCGGGGUUUCCUCAGCUGCAGAAGGUGCACGGCACGUCGCCGAAGCUGCAGCAGCGGCGGCCUCAGCCGCAGUUGCAGCGGCAGCCGACGCAGCUAGCUUGACUGAGGCAUCCCAAUGCAGAAGGGCAGGCAUGGAAAGGGGGAUACAGCGACAGCAGCCGCUACGUGAGCGCUAUUCGUCGUUUAAAGGAGAACCAGACGAUGCGGACGGCCCACGGGAGGAGGAAACAGUUACGGCCCCCUCUACGGCCACCUGUAUCACAGAGACGACCGUCUUUUGUUUAGAUUUGAAAGAGUUAGCUGCCUUUGUGUUGCGAGAACCCGGGAAUCUGGGGUUCCCCGUAGUUCAAGGGCUGACGACCUUGCUGGUUAACCGUUCACGUGCCCAAGCCGCUCGACUUGCCAUUCUUAGCUAUGACGCAUUCUUAGCCGGUGUAUUCGCUGACGGGGUUGUGCAGACUGGCGAACGGAAAAUGCUGGAGGAGUUUCGCAGGAAACGCGCCAUCAGCCAGGCCCAGCAUGAACAGGCCCUUGCCCGUCUUGGCUGGACACCUGAGGAGUUCGAGAGAGGCUCCCAAGCAAGCACUGGCGUACUGUCGCGCAUGGCCUUUGGAUUGGGCUCUUUUCUGAGGGGCUCUCCUGAACCUCAUGGGACCACUGACGGCAGCCUACAGCAGCUGCAUCAAGGAAACACCUCCGGCAGGGCCCACAAGGAUGGAGACGCGUUUCAUAGUGUUCUGCCACCUCUGCUUGAAGACUGGGAGCUUGUCGAAGACGAGCGGGCUGUCCCGCCGCAGCCGGCGCCUGGAGACCGACUAUCUACAACUGGUUCAACAAACACUGCAGAGACCCACAGCAGUAAGGAUUGCUUUGGGGAUGCUGUUUCCUAUGCGUUUGAAGCAGAAGCUGCAUCGUUCCAUUAG